AUGGCAUCGUCUCCUAGUGUAUCCAAGUACAAGAAUGAGCUUGAAGCAAUCAUGCGAAAGUAUCUCGAAAUUUCUGAUCGCCAAGCUGCUCAAGCUAAUCGUAAAGCUUAUUUAGACCUUCUUUAUGGGUCUUGCCCAUGCUUGGUGACGCCAAGCAAUCUCAAACCGUCCGGCUUGGUGAGAUCUCAAACUGUCAGAAGAAAGAAGACGUUUUUGAAGCCAGUGGAGACCCCACGCUUGAUUACGCCAAACGAUUUCUUUGAAGCCAGAGGAGACCCCACGCUUGUUGAUGCUCAGGAGGCAGCGGAGAAACCAAAAUCUUAG